AUGGCAAGAGAUAAUUUGACAAAAUUACGUUCAUCUAACCAAAAUACUAUGAUAAUGAAAAAAACAAAGAAGAUGUCAGGAUACUCGCCUGAAGAGGUUUUAGUUCAAAUAUUAAGCAGAUUGCGUGUCAAGUCCAUUUUGAAAUUCAGUUGUGUCUGCAAAUUAUGGAAUUGUAUCAUCAAAACCCCUCAUUUUAUCUCUGCUUUCUCAUCUAACAGUCAUAGCCAUUACUUCCUUUUGUGUCCCGCCUAUUACUGUAGCGAAUACUAUCUGAAUUUCGACAACAAAGAUCUCGAUGAGUACAUGUCUCUCCAUCCGCCUUUCAACCGAGCCAGUUACUUCACUGUGAUUGGCUCUAGUAACGGUCUUGUCUGUUUCGGUACCUUUAGCUAUAGUGAGUUUAUUAUUUGGAACCCUUCCAUUAGAAAAUCCUUGCUCAUACGCGAAUCUAAUUUUCUUAUUGUCAGUUUUACCUCCCAAAAGUUAUGUGGGUUUGGUUUUGAUUCAAGAACCAACGAUUACAAAUUGUUAGUGGCUCGGUUUUUGGCUGACUCUAUUAGCGAGGUCCUUCUCUAUUCGCUCAAUUUUACUUCUUGGAAGAAAAUCACUAAUGUUGCUUGCAAGUGUAGAGAAGAUAUCAAUUGGUUAAUUGAUCCUUCUUUCGUCGAUGGAAGAUUCUAUUGGCCAAUAAUUGCUGAGACAAAGAAUGUGGUGUUGGUAUUUGACUUAAGGGAUGAGAUGUUUUGA